GUUGAAGCGAUCGCAUGAAUGACAACAUUAUUAUUAAACACAAACACAGAUUCAAUAGUUAUUUAUUAAUAAUAUAAUAAUAAUAUUAUUAUUAUUAAUAGUUUUGUGAUUUUACUAACAAUAGUGUUAUGAUUUGUGCCCUUUUGUGACAAUCAAUUGAUAUGUGAACUAAAACUAAAUGUGUUUUGCAUUGAAAAGCAAUAGAAAAGCCAUUGAAAUGAGUGUCAAAAAUAUGGAUUCCAUUGGAAGUACGUCUCGAUUGAGUCUAAAGAAGACAAACAAUCAAGAGAUGAAUGAGAAGAAGAAAGACUCGACAAGUGAUGUAAUGACAGCUAACAAAAAGUCUACAAAUAGUGGUGACAGCGAACCAUCAGUUAAGAGAUCCAAACAACAAGAGUCAAUGGAUAUAAUGCAUCGAACGGGCGGCGCGUAUAUACCGCCGGCGCGGCUCAGACUCAUGCAGAAGGAUAUCACAGACAAGAAUAGCAUUGAAUACCAACGUAUCUCAUGGGAAGCGCUCAAGAAAAGCAUCAACGGUCUGAUCAAUAAAGUAAAUGUGGCCAACAUUGCCAUCAUUGUACGCGAACUCUUCAAAGAGAAUCUGAUCCGAGGCCGCGGUUUAUUGUGCCGGUCAGUGGUCGCGGCGCAGACAGCGUCGCCGACAUUCACUCACGUUUACGCCACACUCAUCGCCAUUUGCAAUACAAAGUUCCCAAAAAUCGGUGAAUUAGUUUUUAAACGACUGAUCAUUCAAUUUCGCAAAAGUUUUCGUCGAAAUGACAAACAGGUGUGCAUUACGACCACCCGUUUCAUCGCACAUCUGGUUAAUCAACAAGUGGCUCAUGAAGUGGUGUCACUCGAAAUAUUGACACUUUUGUUGGAAAACGCGACCAACGACUCGGUUGAAGUGGCCAUCGCUUUUCUUCGGGAAUGCGGAUCAAAGUUAGAGGAGCUCUCCCGGAGAGGCAUUUCUGCUAUAUUUGAUAGAUUGCGGUUCAUUCUACAUGAGGGACAGUUAGAUAAGAGAGUGCAGUAUAUGAUUGAAGUUAUGUUCGCUAUUAGACGAGACAAAUAUGUUGAUCAUCCGUCAGUGAUCGCCGAAUUGGAUUUGAUUGAAGAGUCGGAACAGUUUACCCAUUUGAUGACUUUAGAUGAACCACAAGACAGCGAAGACAAAAUCAAUGUCUUUCAAUUUGACAAUAAUUUUCAGGAUAACGAAGAGAAAUAUAAAGCUAUUAAAAAAGAGAUUUUAGACGACGAAACAACUGAUGACGAAGACGACGACGGAGAAGAUUCCGACGAUGAGGACGAUGAAGAUGAUGACGAGGAGGGCGAUGGCGAGGCCACUGAUUCUAACGCUAUCAUCGAUAACACUGAAACUACAUUACGAACUCUUCGUCGUGAUAUAUAUUUGACUAUUCAGUCGUCGUUAGACUUUGAAGAAUGUGCCCAUAAAUUAUUAAAGCUUGAGUUAAAGCCGGGACAGGUUGUAGAGCUCUGUCAUAUGAUUGUCGACUGUGCGGCACAACAGAGAACUUAUAUGAAGUUUUACGGACUUUUAGCGCAACGGUUUUGUUCGCUAAACUCAGAUUAUGCGGAACCGUUCGCUGAGAUAUUCAAGAGUUGUUACGAUACGAUCCAUAGGUUUGAGACAAAUAAACUGCGAAAUGUGGCCAAACUUUUUGCACAUUUGCUCAUUACUGAUGCCAUUUCGUGGGUAGUGUUGUCUUAUAUUAAGCUGAACGAAGAGGACACAACAUCUUCGAGUAGAGUAUUCAUAAAGAUUUUAUUUCAAGAGUUGAGUGAAUCUAUGGGUUUAGUUAAACUCAAUCAACGAAUUAAAGAUCCGACACUACAGGAGGCCUUUGAUGGUCUCUUUCCACGAGACGAUCCUCGAAAUACCAGAUUUGCCAUAAAUUUCUUUACAUCGAUUGGUUUGGGAGGACUUACAGAUGAUCUCAGAGAUCACUUAAAAGCCAUCCCAAAGACUGUGGUUCCGAUCACAUCAACUGAAAUGAAUUCAAAUAAAAGAAGAAAAUCAAGUAUUGAAAGUGAUUCCGAUUCAAACGGUUCAGAUGACAACGGAUCUUCGGCAUCGACCACAUCAAAUUCAUCAUCCGAGUCGGGCUCGCCUUCAUCAUCAUCAUCACCAUCGUCUUCAAACACAUACAAACUAUCACCGAAACGCAAUCAUCGAUCUUCACGUCAUUCACAUCAGAAUUCAAAGAAACAAAAAUCGAGAGAAAGGCAUCGCAAAGAUAAAGACAAUCAUCACAAGAGCUCAAAGAGUAGUUCAAAGAGUUCUCGAAGACAUCUCAAGCAAAAAGAGAAACAAAGUAAAGACAAAGAUAGAGAAUACAAGAGUACGAAGUCGUCUAAGACUUCCAGACGACACCAUAACGAUCGAUGACUCAAUGCUUUCUCUAUUAUAAUCUAAACUAAAACUUUCAUAUUUUAUAAUCAAUAUUUAGUUUAAUUUAAUUAUUAUUAUUAUUAUGUAU